UUCAAAAUUGAAAAUCAUAUACUUCGUAAUUACAUUGGGAAUAGACAAUAAUAAUACGGAGUAAUAAUUAGUAAUAUGUCGUCAUCGAGCCACAUGCAUGAAGAUUUGAAGCUAUCUUACGAAUGGAUAGAAAAUGUGCUACACAUUUAUCUUCCAGAAUGCCAAAGUUUUAAAAAGCUAAAGGUUAAAAAGGGCAAGAAGAACAAGGUGAAGGUGGAGGUAGAAUGCCGGGUUGACGAGGGCAACGACUGGAAGAAACUGAAAGAAAAAUUUGAAGCUCCGAAAGGGUUUGACAUUAUCAGCAUGGAAGAAAUGGAAUGGAAGGUCGGAGAUGGAAUCCUCACCGUGACGUUAACAACUGACAAGCACGACGGCCACACCAAAGACGGCGGCUCGCCGCCGCGUGUUCCACGUGAAAAUGACGAUUCUCAAGUGUUGGUGGUGAAUGUGGUGGCGGCCGCACUUGUUAUUGUAGCACUUGGGGCUUAUUAUAUCUUUCGAAAUUAAAUUAUACGUACUAUAAUUCAAAUAUAUAAUAAUAUUUCCAUCACUUGUUGUAUUUAAUUUGUGCGGCUUGACUUUUCCGAGUUAAACUGAACGAACAUUGAUUGACAGUUAAAUAAAGAAACAUUGCGUGUUGGG